UUUUUGUUCUUGUGAUUUUGAUACUUCAAUGGUGCUUUUGAUUUGAAAUUUUUUCAGUUUAAAAAUGUUUAACGGAAUUAAUCAAGCCGUUAGUUUCGGUUUAGUGUUGACAAAUAGUUGUAAAAAAUCACUCAAGUUAAGUUACAAUGUGACGACUAUAUUAAGCAGGGCCAGAUCAACAGCCAUAGACAACAACCAAUCGGUGUCAGACUUCUACGCUGGGAAGUCUGUAUUUAUUACGGGAGGCACUGGAUUUCUUGGAAAGGCUUACAUCGAAACGCUACUUCGCAAUUGUGAGGACAUCGACAAAAUAUUCAUAUUAAUUCGUGAAAAGAAAGGCGAAAGCAUCGAAAAUAGGGUUAAACAUAUGGUUAAGAACCCUAUUUUUGGAAAAGUAAGAAAUACAAAGCCGCAAGUAUUUGACAAAAUAGUACCGAUCAUUGGCGAUAUAUGUUUGCCCAAGUUGGGAAUCAGUUCUAAGGAUGAGCAGACCCUCAGAGAUCAGGUAUCAGUGGUCUUCCACUCAGCUGCCACUGUCAAGUUCAAUGAGCCCUUGGAAGUUGCUAUGAAUAUCAACUUCGAAGGCACCCGAAGGAUAGUCGACCUUUGCAAAGGAAUGAAGAAAUGUGAAAAUUUCGUUUACAUAUCAACGGCAUUCAGUCAGACCAUGUACGAUACUUUAGAAGAAAAAGUCUAUCCCGCCCCCGCGAAGGUUGAAGAGAUAUACGAAUUUAUGAAAAAGUAUCCAAAUGAUGUUAAAAAAACUAUGAAAUAUAUCGGGAAACAUCCAUCUACAUACACGUUUACGAAAUGUUUGGCGGAAAAUUACAUUGCAACAGACCCUGUAGUUCCGACAACCAUCGUACGGCCAUCAGUUGUUAAUUCGACAUACAGAGACCCAGUGCCUGGUUGGCUGGACAACUGGUACAGUGUCACAGGAGUAUCCUUUGACGUGGCCAGAGGACUCAACCACUACUUCAUUGGCAAUAAAACGAACGUCUUCGACGCGAUACCCGUGGAUUAUGUUUCCAACUGUACCAUUGUUGCUGGAGCUAGAUAUACGAGCGAAAACGGGAUUGUACCGGUUUACAAUAGUACUUCGUCUGGAUCAAAUCCGAUUCUUUGGAGGAAUUUUCACGAAGGUUUCAUCCGCGAAAAUAUGAAAUUUGGUUAUUAUGAGAGAAAACCACAUUUUACUAAUACGGAAUCCGAAAUUAAGUACAAAUUGUUGACGCUACUGAGAAUGAAGAUACCAGCUUAUACAGCCGAUCUCAUGCUUCGAAUCAAAGGCAAAAAUCCAAGGCACGUGAAACUCUUGAAAAGAGUUCUGACAACUAGAUCGGCCUACGACAACUUCCAGCUUAACAACUGGGUGUUCAAGAACGACCGAUCAAGGGAACUCUACGCUUCUUUGUCCGAUGCUGAUAAAGCCAAAUUCCCUUGCGACCCAAAUGACAUAGACUGGGAUGAGUACAUCAAGAUAUUCUUUAAGGGUGUGAGACAGUAUCUUCUGUCGUCUCUUAUAAUUAAAGAGAACGAAAUUUACCCACGUAGAGUGAAAUAAUCAGUCUGAAAACGAAAGUAAUAAAUAAUUAAGAAGCUAUUAAAGAAGUCACAUUCAGAAUUUCUGCAUCAGUGGUGGAAUUGUGUAAAGCAAUCGUAAUCAUUUGACAGUUCAUAACGUAAGAUAAAGUUAGUUAACCGUUUGACAGAAUAAUCGUACGUUAUGAACUGCUUUACACAAUUCCACCUCAGAUUUUGAAUGUAUAGCGUAUUUAUAACAAAUGAAGUUAUUAAAUAACCUUAUAAAUCAAUUGAGGAAAUAUGCCUUUGUUGGAAGGUUGAUAAUGAUUUUUGCUUUUCGACGUUACAAUCUCAUUUAGAUCCUUUUUGACCUGUUAUCGAAGAUGUUGUUUUUGUAAAUAAGUAUGGGAAACCUAAAUAAUAAACAUUUGGCAAUUGUUUGUUUUA